CGAAGAAGCAGUAACAUAGUAAGUUAACAGUGAGAGAAACCGGUUAGUCACCCCCUCUGAGUGAACAAAAUUAUCACUGGCGCAGAGGACUUUUGAAAACUGUCAUUUGGUCGUGCAUGUCACUGAGAGCCUGACGUUUCUCUUAAAUGGCUGCCUCUGGCUCCUCCACCACUGAAGGAUUUCACUAUGAGACCAAGUAUGUCAUUCUUAGCUACCUCAGCCUGCUCCCACCACCAAGAUCAAGAACCUCAGAGACAGCGGAGGGAGAGAGCCAUUCUACACAGGAAGUGCAAAGAGAGCGGAAUAGCAGCCUGAAGAAACAGAUUGAGAAUGAAAUAAAGCAGCUGGAAGAGGAAAUUACGGCCUCUUUUUCCAGGACUGGUUUUGAUCAGCACACAUCCCCUGUGUUCAGUCCAGCCAAUCCAGAGAGCUCCAUAGAGGACAGUCUGGCAGUGCUGGGGGACCGCAUCUCCCGGGACCUGGACAUACACCUGUCCUCUGCCACUCACACGCUUCUGCGCAGGGAUUUGAGCUUUGAGCACUUCAGAGCAGCGGUGGAGGAGGUGUCCUCUCACGCCCAAGGAGGAUGGAGCAAGGUGUUGGUAUCCUUAGUAUUGUUACAGAACCUGCAGACUGAGGGGCAGCCGCUGGAUUCUCUGCUACAUUAUGGUUUGCGUUAUCUUGAGGAAUCACAAGCAGACUUCAUCAUUAUGCAGGGAGGAUGGGGCACUGUGUUCAGCCUGGAUGAAGGGGAGGACCCGGGUGUGAUCAUAGCUGAGGACAGUAACGAUAUUUACAUCCUGUCAGGUGAACAGGCCUCGGAUCAGCUAAGCCCUCCUGCUUCACUACUGACUCCUGGAGAUAGUAGUGGGCCGGCUUCCUGGCAGACAGAGAGUCUUCCUGUGUCUCUGACAGGACACGAGUCUUGGGCGCAGAUCGGCAUGAUGGACCCAGAAGACGCCAAGAGUCUGGACAGCGCUGAGGGAGUGGCGUUAGCCGAAGAGCAAAGCGAGAACAAUUCCUCAAACUCUGACAUUGUCCAUGUGGAACGUGAAGACGCUGAACUGCUUGAAGAAGGUGGAGAGACGGUGGAGGAAGGGGAGUUGCAGAGUAGCGUACUUAGCGUGCUGGGCAGCGAGAGCGAACUCGCCGCUGUCCGAGAAGAGGCAUCGAAUGCAGAGCCGGCUCCACCCGCACCGGAGCCGAUUGUGGAACCGAUCGUGAUGGAGAUCCCUCCACCUCCAGCCUCAAUAGAGCAAGAGCACCAAGCCACCCAUGCUGCUUCUACCGCCUCGUUGCCCGUGCCUGAGCCUGAGCUUCAAUCUCAGCCUGUUCCAGCUCCUGUGGAGCCACAGUCAUCAUCCCCACCGGAUCUAGAACCAGAAGCAACCCUGGAGCAAGUGAUACUUCCAGAGGUUGAGCUGAAGGCCUCAUCCCCGGCCUACGACUUCUCUGUCCCAGACCCUCCUGAGGUGCAGACAAAGACAGAGCCACAACCCGAGUCCUCUGACCUCCCUGUGCUGCUAUACAGCGGUGCUGCCCUGGUGGCCAUUGCUGCAGUAUUGGCCUUUGGAGCGCUGGCCUACAGGAAGAAGUAGAAAGUCUGUGAAUGUCCAUGACCUCACUGUAUCUCUUGCCCUAAUGGAGCCCUGUGGGUCACCGUGCCGCCACAAGCUAUACUUUAUGGUAAAAGUACUCCUCUGAUAUCUGUCACACCAUUUUGUUUUCUGUUCUCCUUGCUUUAUUUUGUUGGCUUGGUUCUUUAAAUCAGCUUUAUGUCUGGACGGGAACUUGCAGGUGUAAAUUCAGGUUUCUUUUGUGCUUUACUUGUGAACAUGGGAGUGAUCCGUUCACUAGGCUGUGACCUAGGUUUUGCCUGGUUCCUUAAUAUUAACGAAAGAAAAAUCAAGGCUUCAGAUCCAUAGGAAGUUCAUUUUUGUUGGUUAAGCAUUUUUAUUU